AUGGCAGUUCUAUGCAUUAUCAUUUCCGUGAAUGCUCAACUACCACAGUUUCCGGAUCCAUUUCCAUUCCAACCAAUUCCUGGUGUGCCCGACUUAACCAAAUGCUGGUCAACAGUACUGAUGAAUAUCCCAGGGUGCAUUGCGGAGAUCUCUCAAUCCAUACUCACUGGAAAGUUUGGUAACAUUGGUCCUGCUUGUUGCAAGGCAUUUUUGGAAGCGGAAGCAUUUUUGGAAGCGGAAGCCAAUUGCCUGCCAAAAGUUCCACUCAGUUCGUUUCCUCCUAUGUUGAAGGAACAAUGUUCAAGAAUUGCUGCAACCCCCCCUACCCCAAAAUAG